GUCUCGAGUGUAGCUGAAUUUGGAACAGCUCAAUUGAAUUUCGUACAAACAAUAAAAAUAUAUAAAUUUUCAUUAGACCUAGGCAGUUCAUUACAAAACUUAUUAGCAAAACAGUGGGCUGUAAUGGAGACGUGCAAUGGAGAUGGGUAAUACAAACGGAUGGUAAAAGGAAGGCAGUCGCGCAUGAUGUCAGAACAGAAGGAAGUUCUUACUUGAGCACUUGAAGAAUAAAUAAAUUAGGCGGAACGGCUUACAGUUCAGCGCCCGUAUUGUUUCGAUUCCCGUGCAAGCGCCAAUGACAGCAGUAAAUUGAUUCGCGCUGGCGGUAAAAGUAGGCGCACUCCUCCGAUCCAGUUUCUCGGCGAAAGCAUACAUUUGUGGCGUUUAUUUUAUUAAGGGUUAGCAGAAAUUUUGGUGGCAGUGCUAAUAAUACUUGGAAUAUUGCUUAUACGUUCUUUGUACCAUAUGUGAAUUUAGUGUAGCUUUUGCGUCCUAAAGUAGUAUUAACGUAGACUCACUGAUCCAACCAACCUUCCCCCAGAUGUUCAGAGCAAAAGGC